AUGCCAGCUGUCAGUGCUCAUCCAUGCCACCUGCCAGUGCCCAUCAGUGCCACAUCAAUGCCACAUUUCAGUGCCUACCAGUGCACAUCAAUGCCACAUAUCAGUGCCCAUCUGAGCUGUCUUUCAGUGUCACCCAUCAGUGCCAUGCCAGUCAGUGCCGCCUAUCAGUGUGCAUCAGUGCCACCUAUCAGUGCCAUAUAUGAGUGCUGCCUUUCAAUGCCCAUCAGUGCCACCUACAAGUGUCCAUCAGUGCAGCCUAUCAGUGCCCAUCACUGCAGCCUCAUUAGCGCACAUCAGCGA